ACUAUCUGGAAUCUGGAGUCUGUCUGUUAAAAUUCUGGUUAAGCUUUUUAUUAAAGUCAAAGUAACUCUUAGGCCUUACCACCUUAAUUCAACUUAAUAAUCUAUUAAUAUUUACUAUAUUUCAAUCAUCAAUUUUUCAUCACAUUCUAUUUAAUUUACUUAAUUAACAGAAUCAUCAUGUCAGACCGAAAUUAUGGUGGUGGCUACAACAGUUACAAUCGUGGCUAUAAUUACAAUAAUACCCCAACUCCAAAGCCUCCUGCAAAUCUAAUAGUUAAAAGUGAUUUUUAUACUGAUGUUAAUGUGCGUUCUACUUAUCGAGAUGAAGAAGUUACAACGUUCAGGGACAAAGAAGGUAUUACUAUCAAAGGAAAUGAUGUCCCUCCACCAAGCAUGGACUUUGGCGAUUAUCCCUGGCCUAAAUUUAUUUCUGCCGGUUUUGCCAGACAAGGUUAUGAUAAGCCAACUCCUAUUCAAGCUCAGGGCUGGCCUAUAGCUUUAGCUGGGCGAGAUAUGGUUGGUAUUGCCCAAACUGGUAGUGGAAAGACUAUGUCUUAUGUAAUUCCUGCUUUUAUUCAUAUUGAUUCCCAACUGAAUGAACGACAAGAUUAUGGUCCAAUGGCUUUGGUUCUUGCUCCAACUCGAGAGCUUGCUCAGCAGAUCCAAGAUGUAGUCAACCAUUUUCAAACCCGAUUCGGCAAUGUCUGUGUAUUUGGUGGUGCUUCAAAAGGCCCUCAAAUCAAAGAAAUCACUCGCAACAGGCCAAUGCUUGUCAUCGCCACUCCUGGUCGACUCAAUGACUUUAUAGAAAGCGGUAUCAUUAGCCUAGCCAAUAUUAGUUAUCUUGUUCUAGAUGAAGCUGAUCGUAUGUUAGAUAUGGGUUUUGAACCCCAAAUCAGAAAGAUAAUUUCCACACUUAGCAUGACUAAGCGACAAACCCUUAUGUGGUCAGCCACAUGGCCAAAGGAAGUACGUACUUUAGCUGAAGAUUUUCUUCGUAAUCACAUUCAAAUAAAUGUUGGUGCUCUCCAACUACAUGCUAACCACAAUAUUACCCAGAUUGUUGAGGUUUGUGGUGAUAUGGAGAAGAAAGAAAGGCUUUUCAAUCUUCUUACUGAAAUAGUGAGAGAGAACAGUGAAAAUAAGAUAAUAGUUUUUGCUGAGACCAAGAGAAAGGUUGAUGACUUAACAAAGCAGUUAAAAUACUCUAACUGGCCUGCUAUGUGCAUUCAUGGCGACAAAAGUCAAGCUGAAAGAGAUUGGGUUUUGAAAGAGUUCAGAAGUGGACGGGCUCCUAUCUUAGUCGCUACUGAUGUAGCUGCCCGAGGACUUGAUGUUGAAGACAUAAAAUAUGUUAUCAACUUUGACUAUCCUAACUCAAGUGAGGACUAUGUCCAUCGAAUUGGACGAACUGGUCGUAAAAACAAAAAAGGAACUGCAUACACUUUCUUCACCAGAGGCAACUCUAAACAAGCCAAUGACUUGAUCAAUGUUCUUAAAGAAGCUAAUCAAACAGUAAACCCUCAACUACUCGAAUUGUCUCGAUUUAGCGGUGGACCAGAUAAAUUCCGUCGAUAUGGUUCAGGUUCAGGUAGAAAUGGUUUCAUUCCAAAGAACUCCUAUGGCUCCGGAAGAGCAGGAGGAAAUAGCUAUGGAAGCUCUUAUGGAAGCUCCUAUGGAAGCUAUGGUAGCUCUAAUGACAAUAAUGGGGGUUAUGCCCAAAAGAGGAAAUUUGACUCAUAUGAUUCUUCAUCUCAUUCUAAUCUUAAAAAACCUAAUUACGAAAGUUCUUACUCAUCAGCACCUCGUUACAAUUGAUGUUGAUCACCUUCUAGUCCUAGUUAACACAUGAACCAUUUUAACUGGGAAUUUACGUUCUAUCUCAUUCAUUCUUUUCUUUAUAUUAAUAAUUCAAUGUUACAAUUGAUUCUAAAAUCUCAUUCUCAAAACUAUUCUAUGUCAAACAUUUUGACUAUUAUCAGUGAUUGUUUUGAUUGUAAUCUUGUCUUGUAUCUUUCGUCUAAUUAAAAAAUAAAACUUAACGAACAGUUGACAUCAAA